CAUGCCUUCCACAGAAUCCACACCACACUACCUAUUCUCUCAUUUCUUCGGUGUUGGCCGAUUGUUCCAGACUUGAACUUUUGCCUCUUUUUUCUUUUCGCGACUGCACAUUCUCCCGUCACUCGCGUUGAAUAAAUAAUCAAUAAAUCGCAAUAUCUGCGUAUUCGGUGCGAACCUACAGACCUCAUCACUCAUCAGUGCGAAUUACCAAAUCAUUUCAACAUGGGUGGCCAAAACAGAGAAGGCGGCAAGAUCAAGCCCCUAAAGGCUCCCAAGAAGCAGGCGAAGGACCUCGACGAGGAUGACAAGGCAUAUCUCGAGAAGAAGAAGGCCGACGAAAAGGCACGCGCUGAAAUGGCCAAGAAGGCUGGCGGAAAGGGACCGUUGAACUCGGGCGCACAAGGCAUCAAGAGAAGCGGCAAGAAAUAAACUACUGGAUACCUGAUACUCUACGAUAACGAAGUCACGGCGCUGAGAAUAUGGGUGCAUGCAGCAUAGGCGCUUGAGGAUAAAUAUGACUCAUGGGAUUAUUUUUGCGGCAACGAUAACUCAAUAUAUUUUACGUGCCGCCUAUUGUAUGUCAUUGAGACAACAUGCAAAAGGCUGUGAUGUAGAUGUUGUUGAUGUCGAUAGUGAAGAUGUCGUGAAUUUCAUGGUUGGAUAUUUUAUUGUUCAUGUUAACUUGUAUUAACUUAUAUAUAAUAGCGCUAAAUGCCCGCCUAGGGAUUAGUCCAGGGUAGUCGCCAUGUGAAAAUCAGCUGCUAAACCGA